GUCUCCUGCUCCCCCCGCCCCGCCCCUUUCCCGCGGCCGCGCGCUCUCCCCGCCCCUUUUCCCAUUCCCCCGCCCUCGUCCCCGUCCCGGAGGCGCUUCCAUAACCGGAGCCUGCGCUCUUGCGCACCAGCGACCGCACCAUGGAGGUUUUCAUCCCGUCGUUCCGCUAUGAGGAGAGCGAGUUGGAGAGGGGCUAUACGGUCUUUAAGAUAGAGGUACUAAUGAAUGGAAGAAAGCACUUUGUUGAAAAGCGGUAUAGUGAAUUUCAUGCUCUUCAUAAAAAGCUUAAGAAAUGCAUAAGAACACCAGAAAUCCCUUCGAAGCAUGUAAGGAACUGGGUGCCCAAAGUUCUGGAACAGCGUCGGCAAGGCUUGGAAGCUUAUUUACAGAGUAUUAUUUUAGAAAAUGAAGAGCUUCCCAAAUUUUUUCUCGACUUCCUCAGCAUCCGUCAUUUUCCUUCUCUCCCAAAAGCAGAAAGCUGUGGCUCUUUUGAAGAAAUAGAAUCUGAAGAAUCAAGCAAACUGUCCCACCAGCCUGUGCUGCUGUUCCUAAGGGAUCCAUAUGUCUUGCCUGCAGCCAAUGAUGACUUUCCAAACGUAGUUAUUGAAGGUGUUCUCCGCGGAUUGUUUUAUCCUCAUCUACAACCCAGGUAGAAAAUGGGUUUGGAUGGAUAGUAACUGAAAUAAACUCAUCCUCUUCCUGGAACUGCACAUUUUUAGUAAAACUCCUAAGACAACAGAAUGUGGUCACAGUGGAGAUGAUAUUUAAUGAUGGAACAUUUCCCCUUUUAAAAUUAAUUUAGUGUAUCACUAAUAUUGCUGCUUUUAAAUUUAUGAAUGGAGAAAACGCUACUGUUGAAUCUGUCUACCCAACUCCAAAUGUUUUAAAAGCUGACAUUCAUAAGCUGAAUUACACUAACAACUUUCAUCAUGUAUUGAUUUUUUAAAAUAAUAAAUUACUACACUAAGCCUUUUGUCUCAGUGUAGUAUCCACUGCUGGCAGUGGGUACACAGGGCAACUUAUUACACAGGCAAGACCGGAAAAAAAUGUUAAGAGAAUUACUGCCCAAACUUGAAAUGUAAUCUAAGCUUAUUAUUAGUAUUUCUGAUGUGAUUAUAUCAUAUCUAUAUUAUCUUAAGUAUGACUUAAAUUUACUUCAGGACCCUGGCAACAAACCUUGUGCGUUCAGCCAAUACACUCUGUUUGGUGAGCAUAACUUUCCCAUGUUAUUUAACUUGUACCAUUAUGUAGCAGGAAGCAGACAGAACAUGAUGGGUAAAAAUAAUCAGCUAAUAAAUAUUCAGAGGUCAAUUGUCUAAGUGAACCAUAUGCUUAUGUUUCACAAGAUGUCAGAACCCAAAAUAAAACAUUGGCAUUACAUUGCA